AUGCGCUUGAACUCCUCCGCAUUGCGGGGCCUCCGCCGGCCGGUGUCUUGUCGGCCACAACUUGGUCGCCAACAACAACGAUUCAAUGCUACGAAUACUGGACCUGUAAAUCAGGCUGCGUUCUGGACGACAAACAAGGUCUUGUUAUUGAGUGCGUUUACUGGAGCGCUGGCAUAUACGUAUGGAAUCUGGGAUGCUGGAUCGAGUUACAAGAAAGAUGCGGCAAAGGCGGAUCAGCCGCCGGUCUAUGCUAAGAGAGCAGAGAUGGAGAAGGCCAUCGAAGAAGUGAGGACGAAGCUUGGUGAAGAUUCCAUCACCACGGACGACGAUGAAUUACACCGCCACGGCUACUCUGAGUGGUCUACGAUCAACGUAGAUGUGCUUCCUAUUGCAGUUGUAUAUCCAAAGUCUACUGAGGAGGUGUCCGAGAUUGCAAAGAUUUGCUACAAGCGCAAGAUCCCGAUAGUCCCAUACUCUGGAGGCUCAAGUUUGGAAGGCAACUUCUCUGCUCCCUACGGUGGCUUCUGUAUCGAUUUCGCCUUCAUGGACAAAAUUCUGGCCCUCCACGACGACGAUUUGGAUGUAGUGGUACAACCCGCAAUCGGCUGGAUGAAGCUCAACGAAGACAUCUCCCACUCUGGGCUCUUCUUCCCGGUUGACCCUGGACCGAGUGCGAUGAUAGGAGGCAUGACAGGAACCAACUGUUCAGGCACAAACGCCGUCCGCUACGGCACAAUGAAAGACAACGUCCUAAACCUCACCGUAGUCCUCGCAGACGGCACAAUCAUCAAGACCAAACGUCGCCCCAGGAAAUCAUCCGCCGGCUACAAUCUCACUGGCAUGUUCAUCGGCUCAGAAGGCACUCUGGGUAUCGUCACGGAAAUCACGCUCAAGUUGCAAGUUAUCCCUCAAGAGACUAGUGUGGCGGUCGUCACUUUCCCGACUAUUCGUGAUGCGGCAAGUGCGGCUUCGAAGAUCAUCAAAGCGGGUGUUCCAAUUGGUGCUAUGGAAAUUAUGGAUGAGGUUCAAAUGAGUGUGGUCAACAAGUCGAAGUCGACCAAAAAGGUCUGGCGCGAGGUACCGACCAUGUUCUUCAAAUUCUCAGGUACCAAGGCUGGCGUCAAGGAGAACGUCGGCUUGGUCAAGGAUCUCUCAAAGCAGUGCAAAUCUAUCGACUUCGAGUUUACUGCCGAUGCGGACGAGCAAAAGAAGUUAUGGUCUGCGAGGAAGGAAUCUCUGUGGUCGAUGUUGUCGUUGAGGAAGGGAGACGAGGAAGUCUGGUCUACGGAUGUUGCUGUGCCGCUUUCAAGGUUACCUGAUAUCAUCGAGGUAUCGAAGCGCGAGAUGGACGAACUGGGUAUUUUCUCUUCUGCCUUGGGACACGUCGGUGAUGGCAACUUUCAUGAGUGUAUCAUGUACAACGGCAAGGACCCUGAAGAGAAGAAGAAGGUUGAGGAGUGUGUUACAAGAAUGGUGGACAGGGCCCUGGAGAUGGAGGGAACGUGCACUGGUGAGCACGGCAUUGGACUGGGAAAGAAGAAGUCUCUGAUCAAGGAGCUGGGACUUGACACCAUUGGCGUGAUGCAAAAGGUCAAACUCUCGCUUGAUCCUCAUUGGCUCAUGAACCCAGGCAAGGUGUUUGACCAUCCUGCACAAGACAAGCCUAUGGGGACUUGA